UGUAUGAGCGAGAGAGACAAAUUUAGCAUAGUGAGAUUUUUAGGUGUACUUUAUGUGUGAAUGUCGUGAAGAUUUUUGUAUCUUUGAACAUUUUUAUACAGUUGUAACUAUUUAUGCAACAUUUAUGUUAACUUUAAGCUUUUAUACAAAUUCAGUGUUGUUACGGUGAUGGAGUCUCCGCCUUCCUUCUCUACACACUCCGAGGCGCCUCCGUUAAGUGAAGACAGUGGUUUACUGAUCACAAGUGGUUCGUUUUCUAGCGAUUCCGCAAGUGGAUGGCAUCAUAUCACAUCGGAGUACCAGUUACCAAGUACAGUUGGUAAGUUGCAAGAGAGCGACUUCGAUGAGCGGUCGUUAUCGCUCGAGUCUACGGAACCGUCGGAGCGUAUGUGCGGUGAUUUUUUCAAUACAGUGAAAAAGGGCCCCGGUAAGGUCCUCGUCACUGCUAUAGAACCACCACCUGAGUUUCAGGAUACCCCGGUCCCGUCGUUAGUGGACUGUGUGCCGACUUUUGUUGGGUCACAAACUAAAUGUUUGGCUGUGUGUGUGCCUCCAUCUGUUGUUUUUACCAAUGAUAAUGUUAGUAGUAAAACAUCGAGCUUAGAUUUUGCGAUGACCGCAAACCAUAUUUCGCCAUUGUACCCCAGAAAACUCAAACCAGAUACACUUUACGAGAGGAGACAGUGCUUAAAUCACAGAUUCGCUAGUCCGAGACUCCUCCACCUCAGCCCUUGUAGGGCGAACAGACCUUCGUCUAGGAACUCCCUUUCUUCCCGUUUAUCCAGUAGUCACAACUCGUUAGUAACCCAAUUCCAAGUGGACGACUCUAGUUUUAUAACGCAAGCUAUCUCCCAUGACACGCUAUCCGCAAAGACGUCUGACAUCACGGACAUGUACAAUGUCCCCUUCGAUAGUGAUAUUUAUGCCGUUCCUAUUGAUAUGGUCCGACCUAGUCACAGCAAUAUAAGAGCUAAAGCGAAAAAGCCGCCGAGGAACAACAAGAGACGCGGUAAGAGCACGCCGCAAAACAUAGGCGCCAACAACUUGGGAUCGGACCGAACGUACAAACCCAAGGAGACAAGACAUAAAGAUUCCAAGACGAAAAGGCACAGCCUGCCCAGCUCGUCCUGCAAGAAAAGCGUCACCGACUCGGAUACGGAUUCCCUCCAUCUCACUCUGAGAGAGAUGAGGAAGUACUUGCAUACUUUGUAUUCCAGCUCGAGUGAUUCCGAGUGUAGGAAUACAAUGAGUAAAAAGAACAACACGAUAAUAACGAACGUAGGUAUCCAUGUCAGGCCAAAUAAAGACGCCGGUACCGCUGUGUUCCUGAAAGAUAGCAACGAGAUAUCCAAGUCCGUAGAAACAAACAACAACAACAACCACAGAAAAACGAACAAGAACACGGUCAGUAUGAAUGUAAAGAACAAGAAACAUAAAGAGAACAUACCGAAAGAUACGAUAAUCGAGGAUAAAGAUGCCAAAGGGAAGAAAGCUAACCAGGGUACCAAAGUGAAAAUGUCGCCAGUUAAGAUGCUAUCGAUGAAUUUGAAGCAGAGCUUUUGUAAUUUAUUUCGUUGGCGAAGGUCUAGUGAUAAUGAGAGCGUGGAAAGGAUCGGAAGUAAUUCUCCGCCGGCGGCAGUCCGGAGGGCUCUGCCACCCUUACCGCAGUCCCCGCACGCCUCCAACUCUCGAAGAGCUGCCAACGAAGAGGAGACCAUACUGGACUUUGCUACCUCUAUUCAGAGAGUAAAAGAUUAUGGAUGGUACUGGGGUCCGAUUUCGGUGGAGGCAGCAGAGAAGAUUCUCUCUAACGAGCCAGACGGGUCCUUCAUAGUCAGAGACAGUAGCGACGACCACUACAUCUUCACGCUGACUUUCAAGUUGAACGGACUACGGCAUGUCAGGAUAGAACAUGAUCAGGGUAACUUCUGUUUCGGCGGCUGCACGAUGUUCAAGGCACAGACGAUAGUGGAAUUCAUCGAAAAUGCUGUAGAAACUUCUAGAAGCGGACGAUACCUGUUCUUCCUGAACCUGCGGCCAGUGCUGGGUCCGGUGCGAGUCCAGCUACUGUACCCGGUGUCCAGGUUCAAACGGGUACAGAGCCUGCAGCAUAUGUGCAGGUUCGUGAUACUGAAGUACGUGCGUCGUGACCUCAUCAGCAGCUUGCCGCUGCCUCGUCGUCUGCUGGACUACCUCAGUGCUACCCACUACUACUCCGAGCUGCUCGCCGAAAUAUAGGCUAUAUAAACAUAGUCGGUUGUUAUCAUAUUGUCGUGUUAUAGUACAAACGUGCCAUCAGGGAAUAAGCAGGGUUGGUCAGCACUCAGCGCAUUUUACAUCUACUCAACGCCAGCAAAACUAAUAGUCAGGGUUCCGUAGAACAAUUUUUUUUUCCGUUUCGAAAAGGGUU